AUGGACGACCAGGCCGAUGCGAUGCAGGGCAGGUCUGAGCCUCAGCUCAAGAGCAACGUGAGUCAAGCUGGACCUCCGUACCCAGCUUGCGAUCGGUCGAAGUCCAUUGCAGCGCAAAUCCCGGCAGUUCAAUGCUCGUGUCAUGCGCCGAUGAAACCCGUGGAUAUGAGUGGCGGCUGCGGCUCAGUCUGUGGCAAGAGAACGGCCGGCAAGCAUUUCGGUGAUACCCUCAUGAACGGUGUCUCGGGCUCCUCCUCCACACCGGAGCUCUUGUCCGGGUUGAUCAAGGGCAUCUUUUACGUGGGCCUGCAUGCCGCAGGGGCUUUGCCGGAUAAAGACAAGCUCCAGGUUUGUGUGAGCACCUUCGACUUCAUCCACACCAAGUGCCCUGCCCGGAAGCAGAAAGGCUGCAGAAUGGUGGACAAUUUCGAAAGACAGCCUCGGUGCAGUCGUGUUUGGGCAAGCCUCGGCCCCGGCAGCGGUGACGGGUCCUACGUAUGCGAAAUGCUCGACUGGUGGGAUGCCUGCUGCGAGGACAGAGAGCCCCUUCCCCUGGAGGAGCAGUCCUGCGCAGGUUGUGGCCAAGACAUGUACUUCUGCAACUGUGCCAAUAUCGGCGACGGUGUGAGGCCCACGCAUUAG